AUGGAUUACGUGGAAGAUUUCGUUGAUCAACUUCUGAGCAAGGAAGCUGCAGAAUCACCUUCAGAUGUAAAAACAGCUGACAAUCUAAUACUAACACUACCAAAAUGGUACGACGAAGAAAAGUUCAAUCAAGCUCGUCGUUUCUACUGGUACAACUGUUACGGCUUGACCCUGGCGAUGUUACUGGGCUUGGUGAACGUGCUCGCUGUGCCCUCCAUCUUGAAGAUCCUGGUGGGCGCGCGACGUUCCAAUGACGUGUACCCCGCCUUCAAGCGAUACCUCUCGACCUUCCUCCACGCAGUCUCCUGGUUCGAGACUGACCUUAAACCAGGCAGCCAUUCCUGGGAAUCAGUUUAUAAAGUUCGUAGACGUCAUAUUCUUAUGAGCAAAGCGGCGAUGCUGAAGGGACAAGGGAUCAUAUGUCAGAGAGACCUUGCUCUCACACUCUUCGGGUUCAUUGGUUUCACGUUUUUGAAACCAGAGAAAUUCGGCGUCGAGACGUUAGAGAAAGAUGACUGGGAAGCUUAUAAUCAGUUUUGGCGCGUCAUAGGAUAUAUGAUUGGCAUCGAAGAGAGAUACAAUAUAUGUCGGAAUAGUAUUGAAGAAACGCGUCAAGUUUGCCAAUUGAUACUGCAGCGAGUAUACACUCCUUGCCUGACUUAUCCACCGGAGUACUUUGAGUACAUGGCCCACAUCAUGCUGGAGGGGGUGUCUUCAGCCAACCCCACAGUCAACACGCCCUCCUUGCUCUACUGGACUAAGUACUUAGCGGAAGUGCCAGGGUACGUGUACACGGAAGAGGAGAGGAUUCAAUUCCAACAGCUGUUGAGAGAUAAAUUAAACGGCAGCUCAGAAGAGACAGGCGUUGACUCCUUUACUCUAAUGUCGAAACCUUUUAUUGAAAACUCAAGUAAGAAGCGCCUUCUGUUCGUGAGAGAUUAUAAUUCCUUCGAAACGAUACCAGAAUACAAAGAACUAUCUCUGUUUUCAAGAUUGAAGCUUAUGUUUCAUUCGUUCUUCACAAAAACAUACACCACAUACUACGGUCGAAGAUUCCUAAAUGCAACUUUUUUAUUUAUUAUCAAUUUAAUGAAACGUUACCCGAAAAUGACUUUUUUAAUGUUCAAUGUAAAGGUCUCAGCGAGAUAUUUAUUCAACUUUCCCAUAGACAAUUCUGGAUUAAAACCUAAUUCCGCCUUUAAAAAACAAAAAACAAGGUCAUCUUGGUACAAAGCUAUUGUAUCAUGUAUUAAUCGAAAAAAAUAA